CAAUAAUUUUACUUCGAUAGUUUCAAUAGAUCUCACACAAUUCUUAAAAGCAAACUAAUACAAGGCAAUGAAAAAGUUCCCGUACAAACUUUCCCUAACAAGACGGUGCGCCAAUUUCCCGCGAACUUCCAAGACGUCUACCAUUUUCAAUGCGAUGAAAUUCCAGUUUCUUUGAUCUCAGCAACUGCCACGUUGUGUUUCAAUGGCACAUCAAGUCCUAGCCUCAACUUCACAACCAACCUAUGUGGCCUUCGAUUCCCUUUAUAGUUCUCCAACUACCAUCUUCCCUACUUUUGAACAGUCACCCACCAAAUUUCUUCAUUCCCUGCUAAUUCCCCACAAGGGUUUUUAAAUUUUCUGCCCAAUUCUUCAUCUUCCUCAAUUUUGCUCUCCACAAAUGGCGGACAACGGAAUAUCUCUUGUCGGGAAUGAUGGUAUUGAAGUUGUAGAUGAGAAAGGUUCCCCCGGCAUCAAGGUACAAGCGAUGCAAUUCUCUUAUGAAAGUGAUUCUCCUCUUUUUGUCGAGUUUAAUCUCCAGAUUGGCUCUGGAUCUCGAUGUCUUCUUGUUGGCGCCAAUGGAUCUGGGAAGACGACUUUGCUGAAAAUUUUGGCUGGAAAACAUAUGGUUGGAGGAAGAGAUGUUGUCCAGGUUUUAAAUGGUUCAGCUUUUCAUGACACUCAACUCGUAUGUAGUGGUGACUUGGCCUACUUGGGAGGAUCUUGGAGUAAAACCGUUAGCUCUGCGGGAGAGGUUGCAUUACAGGGAGAUUUUUCUGCCGAGCAUAUGAUAUUUGGAGUUGAAGGGACGGAUCCUGAAAGGAGAGAGAGGUUAAUUGACCUCCUUGAUAUAGAUCUCCGGUGGCGAAUGCACAAGGUAUCUGAUGGGCAACGUCGUAGGGUGCAAAUCUGCAUGGGCCUGUUACAUCCUUUCAAGGUUCUCUUAUUAGAUGAGGUCACGGUUGACCUUGAUGUCGUCGCAAGGAUGGACCUUCUGGACUUCUUGAAGGAAGAGUGUGAUCAGAGGGGAGCUACAAUUGUAUAUGCAACUCACAUAUUUGAUGGACUGGAGACAUGGGCAACUCAUCUAGCAUAUAUUCAAGAUGGUGAGCUAAGAAAGUCGGAGAAGUUAUCCGCAGUUGAAGAGUUGAAGACUUGUGCAAAUUUGCUAUCUGUGGUUGAGACUUGGCUGCGUGCUGAAACCAAACUUGAGAAGAAGAAGAAGAAGCAACCAAUUCAACCUCCAUCCAACAAUCAGAAGAUUGUUUCUCCUUUCGGUUCGUCUCCUUUCACGUCUUCCAGACAUAUGGCUUAUUAUCGUUAGCUUUCGAUUUAGUAGUAUUAUUUUGGGCAUAGAAUCUAAGAACUUAUUAUGAUUGAUUCUAGUUUGCCAUUGUUUUAGAUCAAAAUUGAUCUAAAUUGUAUGUGCGAUGUAAUGAUAAAAGUAAGAAAAGUGGGGUUCACAAGCCCCUGAGGGGUGGCCCUGGGGUAUCUCGAUUAUACCAAGUUAGAGCUUAGAAGUCCUAAGUUCGAACUUUUGGGAAGUUCAAUAUUUAAAACUAUUGAUGUCUCUCCAGUUCAGGCCUUGGGAAGGGCAUCAGUGUCUAUCGAAAAUAAGAGCCAAAAGCUCUAACUCCUAAGUUAUUAUAAAGAACAUUCACAAGUUUAGAAUUCAAAAUAGAUUUGUAUUUUUCUUUUC